AUAGAAACCUACAUUGUCGAAGGACCAAGUUGAAACAAACUGAAGGAAUAUCUUUGAAAAGAUUAUUUGGCUUCCUUAUAGUGCUCAAGAGAACAUGAUACAUCUGGUUAUGUUUUCUGCAGGUUCCAUAGAAAUUCUGGAAAACGCAACCUAUCUAUGCUCGUGGUAUAGGAGACUACAAGUUCUUAAAAUAUUGGGACUACAAUAUCGCAUAGAAGAAGAAAUAAAAGGCCUUGAGUCCUCCAUGGACUUUAGAGUGGCCCUGUUGAGAGGUGUUGGACGGCGUGUACCUGCCUCUUAUGUGAAUACUUGUAUUAGAAAUAAUAUCGUCAUUGUAUCUUCUUAUAAUGACCCAAAUGAUAAAUUGAUUGGCUUUGGAGUUGUUCCAAGAAUUAUUCUCUGUUGUUCUUAAUCCGGUAUGUGAAAUUUUAUUACGAGGUGGUGUUAUUCAUUUAUGGUUCUUGAAAACCUCGGGUGAAGAUUUAGUGUUGUUGUAAGCAGUUUUCACCGAGUUUUGGUGGAUUAUAGCAGUUUAUAUGGAAACUUUGCUUGGACAAAUAUGUCUGUUGAAAUGUCGAAUUUUUCUGAAUGCAUCAAAAUGCCUUUGCUCAAGAGUUGCUGGUCUUUCAUAGUAUUUUAAAAAGGUUGUGGACAUUUCCUCCUCUUAUAACCAUUUUUCGUUUGUUAGCCAAUAUAUUCCAAGAGAAAGGAAUGGAGUUGAAUCUGGCAAACUAUUAUGAGUGUAACUGUUGGAACAAAUUCUUUUCCCUUCAUAUUCUCCGAGCUUAUUACUGGGACAAGUUGACACGCUAUCCAUGAGUAUUAUCUUGGGUAUAUUUCCAAGUUACUAUGACCAGCUACUCAAAGUUUUUUAAAAGAAGAAAAUGCGAUCAAUUGGGUCACUUUCACUGUGUUAUUAAUUCAAAACUCCGCUAGUCUUGUCUCUACAAAACUAAAAGCUAUAGAGUAACGAAACAAAUGUUCCAUUUGAGUAUAUCAAGAUGUUGUCUUCUUAUAUCGGCAUAUCUUUGGCAUACUUGGAUUCUUUGAUAAAGAAUAGAAACAAUUAUAAACUUUUGUAUGCAUAC